CGCUGCCUAUCGAUAUGUUGUUGACACGUCCAGCUUAGUUUAUUUACAAUUCGGCCAAAAAUCAGUAAAGUUGCGAUUUAUGGCUGAUUUCCAAGAACAGCUGCGACAGUAUCGCGCUCAGAAAAGGAGGAAGGAAACGGUGGACAACUUCAAGGACAAACUACGGAGAUUCUGGAUGUUGGGCACCGGGACUAACAAAGAUACCACAAUAGAGGUACAACAGGUACCUACCAAGUUUGAAGCUAUCGCGGAAAACUCACAUGAUGAGGCUGCCAGCUCCAGUGAAGGUGAACUGCAGCCGGAGGAGCAGCCCAGCAGGUCCACCGAUCACCACCACAGGGAAAACAACUGCCUGAAGUACACCCUCUGGGCUGUCUAUCUGCUGUUCUGGAUAACUCUCUACGUGAUUGCCAUAAAGCUGAGCUUCGGUUUGGUUUUCCUCAUGUUCUCCGCCCUCUUUGGCAUCUACUUCAACACCCGGACGGAGCCAAAGAAACGGAACGAGAUGAGUGCCUACAGUGUCUUCAACAAGAACUGCGAAAGUAUAGACGGCACCUUGAAAGCCGAGCAGUUCGAAAGGGAAAUCCGCUACGGAUCGGGAAGUGUACGAUAGUCAUAGUUCAUGAGGUCCCCUAACCACUGUAGUCUAGACAAAUAAUUAAUGUAAUCCAUAACUAAUAGCUUUUUGUAGCUCUUUGGCUGUAAAAAUAUGUAUAUUUUACCCUAAUCUUCUCAAGAGAUCUUUAUUAAACAUGACAUGCUGACCUUA